AUCAAGGAUCACCGAACACCAAGCGCGCCAUGGAAGCCGCAGAGGAGCGCGACCAGGUGGCGGCGGCAGCUCCCCCCUCCGGGCAUCCACGAGCAGUCCAAGCCGCCGAACAGGAAGAUCCAGGAGAUCUGCAGCAGGACCAGGAACGGGAAGCGUCACCGGCGCUGUGGGAGGGCUUGCCAACGUCGCUUAGCAGUCGCAAGCGCCAGCUGAGCCGCUUCCACCCCUACCACGGCUCGAACAUACAGCUGGGCGACGACGCCACCGUUGCUUAUCGGAGAGCCAGUUUUGCCGACGCCCUCACCUUUUCGGAGCGCCCCCUGGCCCCCGGAGACAUCUUUCUCGUGGAGAUCGAGAAAAUUGAGCGCGGCUGGUCGGGCCACAUGCGCCUGGGUCUCACAGAACUAGCGCCCCAUGUGAUUCGCACCAGCAGCGAGGGACUGCCCCACUUUGCUCUGCCCGACCUGGCCAAUUUGGGCAACAGCUGGAUCUACCCGAUCUCCAAGUUCGAGAUGAAGGAGUCGAACGACAUCAUCGAGCCGGAGACGGACGACGAGCCACACAGAAACCUCCUGGGCGACGCCACGCACGUGAGGACGCCUCGCGGCCUGCUACCAAAGAGACUUCUGCGCCCGUCCAUGGGCAACGGCAACGACUCGGACAUCCUGCUCACGGACAGGGGUUCCCGCAUCGGCAUCAUCUACGUGCCCACGGUGCAGAGCGCCUCCAAGGGCGAACUGCACUUCAUCAUCAACGGGGUGGACCGUGGCCCCGUCUCGCGAGACAUUCCGCUCAACAGAGCACCCCUGUUCGUGGUGAUCGAUGUGUACGGCACCACCAAGCAGAUAAGGAUUAUCCAGCUGGAGGGCAUCUUGUCCCUGCAAAGCGCCUGCCGCAACGUGAUCCUGGAGAACUUCGCGGAGGACACGAUCACCGAGCUGCCGCUGCCGGAGAGCAUCAAAAGAUUCCUGCUGCGCCGCGACUACCGCGACUAGAGCCUUCGGACUAUGCGCUCUAUGCAAUAGGGCCCAGUGCGUGUGAAUGAGAGAUGCGUGUGUGAGGGAGUGUGCAUGAGCCUGGGUCGUGAUAGUCUGUUUACCCAUAGAUAUUUUAUACGCCUGCGUCGCAAGUGAAGUGCCCGUUCAUUGACCCCCGACUCCGGACCCUGAGAGACUGCGGGACUGACCGAUCCCCGCUAGAAGGCGCUUAUAUUUGUACUUUCUGUAGAUAUAUAUUUUGUACAUUCGGUUCCAGUUACCAGUUAAAUACACGCCCCACCCUGGACGACUCUAUGUUGUCGAACAUAAUCCCCGCCAGUGUUCGUGUAUGUGUGGUUCGCCCAGCGCCAGCGAAGGACCGGUCCCCAAGGCGAUUUCCGUUUCCAUUACCUCCUAAGUAUAUUGUUGCUACAUGUAAGUUAAGUCCACGUAAUAAAAGACCGAUCAAAGUCGCUGUAACUGCUGAAAUCGUA